AUGACGAUAUCACUAAUUCUCAUACUUACUGCAGUACAUGUGUACGGAUCAGCUGCAGUUUCUGAGCCUGUAUCAUUCCCUUUCCCUAACGUUCCAUCACAGGCAGAUCCUCGCUGUCCUCCUAUGGGACUUGUUGGUAUAUGUGCAUUUACGUGUACUGAUGGAUGUCGCCCAGACAGAAUCUGCUGCCCGACAGCAUGUGGAGGAACAGUCUGCAAAAAGCCUGUUUCACUUCCGGAUCCCAAUCCCCUUCCCACUCCAUGCCCCCCUGAUGUCCCAAUGGCAUUUUGCACGUUUAUCCCAUGUGAGAAAGAGACGUGUCCGAACCAUCCUCAGGCGAAAUGUGUAGACAAUUAUUGUGGAGGCUGUAACGCAAAAUUCUACCUAAACGGACGUGAUGUGACAAACACAUGUAAACAAACAAGAAGUUUGCCAAAACCUUGUAAAGACGGAAAACCAAGAGUGAACUGCUUUCUGAACCCCUGUGACGUACAACAGUGUCCUCUUUUUCCACGUGCUACUUGUGUGGCUGAUUAUUGUGGUGGAUGCAACGCAAGGUUUUUCUUUAACGAAAAGGAAGUGACAACAGCUUUGUAG